CAGACAUCACUUCUUUGGUGGAAACUUCAGUAACAAGUUUAGCUCCUGCUGUGAUCAGCUCGCCAUUCCGUAUCCCAUAAUCGCAACCGUCGCCCGUAAAAGGAUUUAAAAAACUACUUUUUCCCCUCCAAAACUAAAGUCAGUCCAACAUGAAGUUCUGUGCUGCCGUGGCUCUACUACUGGUCGCCGGCAUGUUGGCCAGCGGCGAUGCCCUGCCCGCCAGGAAAAACCGGCAAUACCUCGUUCCAGGAAUGGUCUACCUACAGCAGCCCGCAGCCGCCGAGUGGUACGGAUCCGCGCCCCAUCAGCGCUUCAUGUAUAUGCAGUACGUCCAGCCAGGUCGCACGCACGCCCGUUCCACCCAGGCAGCCAGUGCCCUCGUGGCCGGAGAGACCGUAGCCACCGGAACAUACCUGAAGGAUUGCAAUCACGCAGAUUCUGAUGUCAGCGCCGAAGGAGUCCCAGCUGAGGACGUCCUCGCUGCCGCCGGAGCCCACGGCGCCACCUCCGUGGCCGAGGCUUACCCCGACCAAGCCCCAGUUGUACAGGUGGCGAACGAUGCCAAUGUGGUGCCUCAGGUCGAGUCAGAGGCUGAACCCGAACCCGAGACUGCUGAUGAUGCCGCUAAGGUACCACGAGACUUCAACUUCGCCGCAGACGAAGCCUCCGUUGCUGCUGCUGCUGAGGAAGAAACAGCUCCUCUGCCCGUUUCCAAUGCUGAGCUCCCAGUCCCCGCUCCCAUUGCCCCUGUGGCCGCCGUGGUGCCAGUGAACCGCUACCUGCCCGCCAAGAAGAAGGUGAUCGUCGAGCUAGACCAGGAGGAGGAGGAGGAGCCACAGGCCGCCGCCAUUGAAGACGAGGAGGAAAUAGAGAACGCUGUGGCCGACGACGUUGAGGAGGACGAGGAAGAGCUGUCCGUACCCGUACAACCUAUUAACCCUGUGCGCGUUCCAAACGCCCGUCGUCCCGUAGCCCAGAAACCCGUAAAGGCAGCUUCUCCUGCUGGCAAGCCCUCCAAGAAGCCGGCGGCCCCCCUGCCCACUGGCACCUUCUUCCCAAUCGACUUCGGAGGCACCAACGGCGGCGCCAUUGCCAUCGCCAACUCUUUCAGCACCGGAGAGGGCGGAUCUGCCACCAGCCACGCCAUCGCGUACGGCUCCCCCGAGUCCGCAGUCCGCCGUGCCCGCCCGAAUCCCAGCAAGUUCCGCCACUAAUCCUCGAACCGCAUCUUGCUGGCAUUCGCAACUGCGAGAGCACCCGAAUCAAAUCAGUCUAAAAGGAUUCUCCUGUAAUUAUUAGCAAAUUUGUCCAUCUUUGAGCGCAAUAAAUUCAAAUUUUCUGUUUUUAAA